ACGCCGCCCAUUAGGUCCUCUCACCUGGCGACACCUGGCAUCACCUACGGCACUGUGCCACCACGUAUAUAUAGCAGCUCCGGGGCCGUCAUGGCGUUCAUAAGUUCCCUCUCUCCCCCUUUCCCUCUCCUCCGAGCUCCGAACACCACGCCAUGUCCUUAAUCCUAAUAGUGUGGGCAGUAGCAGCAAGUGUGGUGAGAGGAGAUGCUGACGCCAAAUCCGACCCUGCCUAUGUUUCCCAUCACGGCACGCCCCACCACUCCGUCCCUGCCUACCACCCCAGCACUUACGCCCCCACCCCAGCACCCUACCACCACACCACCCCCGCAUACCACCCCGUCACACCGGCAUACCACCACGUAACACACGCCUACGAAGCCGUCACACCAGCCUAUCACGCCGUCACACCAGUCUACCACCCCACAGGCUACCCCACCUCCGCGCCUGCCUAUCCACACGCGUAUCACCCUCCCACCGCAAAACCGGGGUAUGAAUUCAAAUGUUACGGUUAUGAUCAAGUUCCAACAUGUUCCUACAACACCACGAAACCCUGGUGCUUGUAUGACUACGAGUACCCACUGAAGGAGAUGGAGGAGGCGCUGCACUAUUUCAAGCAUCACGUUCUGACUUUGUACGCUGACGUGGCUGACUUGCACACUGGUAACUCGGUGAACAGACCCGAGAUACUGAAGGAGGAGACUUACUUGUGCCCAUCUGAGACGGCGUAUGUGCGGCCGCUGCGGGCUAUCAAUACUGAGGGCUACUGGAGGACUAUUGUCAAUAAUGUAAAGGUGGACUACGAGGUGUUGACACAGACGACCCGCGUGGAGGAAUGCCAGAGUUACGCCGAGUGCCCGCUGGUGCCUCACUGCUACGAGUCCAAGUGCCUGCAGAAGUUCAUCUACCACCGCUUCUUGGUGUACGACCCUUGUGACGAGUACUUCCCCUUCGCCGUGGAGACCUUCCAGCUCCCCGCCAGCUGCGCCUGUUUCCUCGGCGCCUCCUCCCUCGACCACUAACACAUGUACACAGAAGAAGAACAAAUCGCAGUAUUUUAACCUAACAGCAGAUGUUAUACUUUGAUCAUGUCCUGACGAGGCUGUGUGUGAUAAGUUGCACUGUCUUAACACUCCUCACGAAGUUCCUUAUUAGUGUAGAUCAUAUACUCUAGUUCACGUUUCCCUCUGGUACUUGGAAACACUGCCAACACUUAUCACUUGUUUCUCUCUCACUUGAAAACACUCUCUAAACACUUAGCACUAGUUUCUUUCACUUGGAAACACUCUCUAAAUACUUAACACUAGUUUCUCUCACUUGGAAACACUCUGAGCACUUAACACUAGUUUCUCUCAUACUUAAAGACACUUAACACUUACCACCUGUACACUUUCAAAUACUUCCUCACAUAUGUGCUUGAUGUGCACUCCCUCGCACUAGCACAUGCAUUCAUCACCGAACAAUAGCACUUCCUCACGCUGUUCCUUAUAGACGACAAUACAUUAAUUUACUUUCUUCUCUGCCUCUCUCCUCCUAUAUCGUAACCGUCCUUAUCUUGUUUUUCUUUUCCUUUUUCUUUUUUUUUUUUUGUUCCUUCUUUACGUGACGUAGUACGGUCAGCACACCGAUACGAACACGCCCUCUGUAAACUAGUAUCACUCCAAGCAAUGCGCAGUGCCUUAUGGGUAGCCUGCAGUAGUAUUAGUAGUACCCUGCAAUUCACAUCACCUUCUCGCUUCUCUUCCUCCAAGACGAUGAACACGCCUCCACGUCCUGCUGUCUCGUAAACCAGUGCGUGUAGAUAUUCUAUUGUAAUAGCGAGAACACUUAAGUUCACUCUUCUUUCUUUACAACGAACACGUCCCUACAUCAUCCAGCUAUCUCAUAAACCAGUGCUUAUAUAUACUCAGCAGUAAUGGCACGUGUACACUUAAGGUCACGCUCUCUUUACAACGAACAUAUUCCCACAUCUAGCUAUCUCAUGAACCAGUGCAUAUAGAUAUUCUGUAAUAAUAAUAUAUGUAGACUUAAGUUCACAUUCCACUCUCGUCUCCUCAUACCUACAUCUCUCCUUCUAGAGUUUUUUCCUACCACAUUCUCCUCACAAUAUUUUUCCCCCGUCUUUUCUUCCCAGACAAAGCAUUUAUAACACAAAGUCUGAGAUGUAGAACACAACGCUUGCACGCCUCAGAUAGCACACACGCAUUUUUUUUUUUAAUGCACAAGGGAGGAAUUCAGAAAAAAAAAAAAAUCACUAAUUGUCUUUCUCAGAAUCUCCUCACAAACUCUUUGUUUUGAGACGUCGCUGUUGUCAAAUCCUUUAAUGCUUUGUUCUCUCAUUAGGACUAUUUUCAAGGGCCACGAAGAUGAUCAACUAUGUUCUUGUACGUGCUUUUUCUCCUUGAUGGUAUAGAAUAUUUGUUAAGCCAUAAGGAAAAACACCCUUGAACACUCUACAGAGAUUAUUAGUUGUGUUCUUAUAGAUUUUCUUCCCUUGAUGGUAUAAAAUAUUUGUUAAGCCAUCAACGAAUCAUGGAAAAAACAUCCUUGAAAACCCAAUGCCUUCCACUACAACCUGUUGGAAAUGGAGAUAGAGCGCCGAAACGUUUAGGAAUACGCUCCUGAUGUAAUACAGCUGGUAACUGAGCAAUUACCGUAUAUGGAGCUUCAUUGCCAGUGAUUGUAUUGAUUAAUUAUGUCCAUCCCGGAACCCUCAAGCUUCCUGGUGGCACGUGAAGAAAGCAGUUCUCUAGUCGUUUGUGUGUGUGUGUGUGUGUGUGUGUGUGUGUGUGUGUGUGUGUGUGAACGCCCAACUAGCUAUAACCCAAAAGAGAUCUUUCGAUGUACCCUUAUUUUUGUACCAAAUGACCACAAGAAUAGAUACUUAUUUGUAGCUUCAUGUAGAGCAAAUAUAUUUUUGAGGAAACGCGCCUUUUAUCCUUAUAUUAGUUUAUGGUUGUACAUGACCGCCACCAGGUACCACCACUUGGGUAUUGGGCUCCUGCUACUGAACUAAACCUCCCCAAUUCAUAAGAUCCUCAAAUUAAAUUGCUCUUCAGUUCCUACGGGCAACAGGUCACGUGAGGAGCGCCUGGUACUGAACUAAAGGGCCUCCAUUCACAAGAUCCUUAGGUUAAAUGGUGCCUCAAUUCCUAUGGGCAUCUUAUGGGCCACAGGUCACAUGCAGGGACCGCCACGUGUAGGCCUGAAGGGUUCUUGCGGCAUCUUUUAUUUUCUAAUGUUCUUGUGUGGCCGUUACUGUGGUGCUAAAAAGGUAAAUCUUCUCUUUCACUGCUACUUGGCACCACUUGGUUUCUUUCUUAACCAUCACCUUUAAAUAUUAUACCUGAUGAAAACUGAAAAAUCUAUUUUUAAUCUUUUUUUCUAGCAGGUAUUUGUAAAAACUCUCUCUACAGGCACCAUUAAAUAUUAUACUGACUAC